AUGAGCGGCCCCGCGAAGGUCGACCGGCAGACAACAACGCCGUUCCUGCUGAAACUCUUCUACCGCUCCAACGCCUUCCACCGCCUCGACGAGUUCUCGCCGCACAGCUCCGCCCCGCCGCCGCCGCACCUGCAAAUCUACACCUGGCCGACGUGCUCGCUGCGCGAGCUCACGCACCUGCUCGUCUCCGCCCUGCCCUCGCUUCUUCCCGACCCGGCCAUCGGCACGCGCCUGGCCUUCCGCCUGAUCUUCCCAGACACGCGCAGCGGCGGCGGCGGUGGCGGCGCUGCAGGUGCUGGUGGUGGUGGCCCUGGCGGCCCCGGCCGGUACCUGAGCAAGGAGCUCGGCAGCGUCAUCGUCGGCGGAGGCGGGCCCGGCGUGGAUGACGACGACGCUGCUGCCCCUGCGGCGACUACAACGGCGACAAAUGGCCGCGGCGCAUUGGAUAGGCUGGAGGGCGACGCCGACAAGACGCUGGCCGACGCGCGCUUCGUCAUCGGCGACUACGUCUCGUGCUGCAUCCUGCCGCCCGGCGCGGACGGCUCCGUCGCCACGGGCCCGCCGCCUGCGAGCCGCUACCCCUCUUCGAGAGAUUACGGCAUGUCGAGGGGAGGACCGCCGCCGAGGGAGAAUGGCUAUGGCGACAGGAGCUACGGUGGUGGAUAUGGGAGGAGAGGUGGAGGUCCCAGGUACGAGGGCGGCGGAAGGUUGGGCGGCGGCGGAGGAGUGCCGCCGGGGGAGUGGAGGAGAGGCGAGAUACCGAGUGGCGGACCGCCUUCAGGUGGAUAUGGAAGGGGCCGUGGAGGACGUGGACCAAGGCCGUACUGA